AAGCACAGCAUCUGACCUUAAUCUCAGACGACUGCGAGGAGGUUGUCGGUCUAUGCCACCCUUCCUCUCACUUUCUCUCUCUAAACUUUUCUUCCUUCUUUCUUUUCCUCCAAGCAAAAAGAUUUAUACCAAAUCAGGUCAGACCCAGAAAAAAUAUAUAAUCUAAUAAAUUAUAUAAAUAAAAUCAUCAAAUAAUUCAUGAACUCAUCAAUAUCGCCUUACGCCGCUCUUUAACGUCGUCGUUUUCUCAAUUAUUCACACAAGUCGUUCGUAUCCCAAGAUUAAAACUUUCAGGUGACAGAAUCAAGAUCAAUCCGUGAAGGGAUUUAUGUUUAUAAGAGGAUUGUAAUUGUACCGGUGCCGUUAGCGGUUAGUUAGUUCGUAGUCACAGAGAGGGAAAUAAUUAGUCGAAUUUACAUCACUGUUAUGGCGCAAAGGAGCUUGUACAGAUAUGACCACCAUAUGACCACCUAUUGGAGAAUAUGGAUUUGCAGUUUUCUCUUCAUGGAAGUGUUUCCCCGCGAUAUUUUCUUCAGUGUUUAUACUUUACUCCAUUAGUUAUCCUUUUGAAACCGAGUUUGUAAAUAUAAUUAUUCUUGUAGAUAGAUGGAAUCAAAGUCGGUCAAUCUGAUAUUAGGUAAUGGUCGUAAGAUUGUUGUUGACUCGAAGAAAAAUUGGGCACAUAGGAUUGGAUCUAGUGUGCAGUCCAACUCAAUUGUUAACAAGCUUGGUAAGAGGAAAAGAACAGAUGAAUGCCAAACAAAGUGUGACUCACACUUGAAGAAAUCUCUACUAAAAAAUUACUCAAACUUCAUGAAAAGUGGACCGCCAAAAUGCCUGCUCUUUUAUCAGAAUGGCGAAUGGAAUAGUUUUCCUCAGGAUGUUAUUGAUGCUGUAAAAGAAGAUUUUCUGGCAAAGAAGGCUGCAAUAGAGGUACAGCUUAGCGAUUCUCGUAUAAUAUUAGAUAUUCUACAUAUGGUUAAAGUAGAUUUGGAAACAGGUUUACAAAAGCCUAUUGCAUGGAUCGAUGAAGCCAAUAGAUGUUUCCUUCCAGAGAUAUAUUCUGCCAAUGUUGAAAUGCAUGAUAACUGUUUAACUGAGACUAAAAGAGACGAAGAAUUUGUUGGUGACAACCAAAAUGGGGCUUUUGAAAUAAAUUUGCAUCUUGACAUAGGAGUUAAUGGACUGAAUAAUUGUAAUAUGGAGGAAUGUGUGGAAGAAUCUAAUGUCCGUGCAAAGAAGGUGAAAAUUAACCAAAAACAUCUCCAAAAUAACUCUGAAGUUUCUGGUGACUACAAAGAUAAACAAAUAUCUGAUGCAAAAAGAGGACAGGGUUUUGACGAAAACAAACUGAUUGGAGAAGAAAUUUCUUCUAAAUUCAAACCUGCAUUUAAAACUGUUGAUUCAGAUGCUGUAAGAAGCAUGUUUCUCAUGGGUAUGAGUCCACUUGGAAAAGUGGAAAUUGUUGAAAUUAGCAAAUGCUUUAGUAACAUGUUGCAAAACCGUUUGGAAAUAUUCAAGAAGCAGGUUGAAAUCACACAAAUGUAUCGCGGGAACCCAAAUAUUCAGUAUGCUUGGCUUGCUUCUUCCAAACAUACAGUUCCUAGCAUUAUGAUGUACGGGUUUGGGCAUGGGGGACCUGAAUUUACGACCAAAUAUGGUCAUGGAGCUCACCUUACUGCUGUAAAUAGUUCCUAUGCCAGUGCAAGUUAUUGUGAUGUUGACGAAAAUGGAGUGCAACAUAUGGUGCUUUGUCGCGUCAUAUUAGGAAAUACAGAACUCUUGCUUCCUGGAUCUCAACAAUGGCAUCCCAGUGAAGAAAUAUAUGACAAUGGUGUUGAUGAUUUGAAGAAUCCGAGUCAUUAUAUUAUUUGGAAUAUGAAUUUGAACACACACAUCUAUCCAGAAUAUGUUAUUAGCUUCAGGGUACCUCCUGGUGUCAAAGGUAUUUCUUGUGUGCCAUUAUGUUGCUUUCUUCAAUUCAAUCUCCAAGUACAUAUGCGUAUUAAGUAAGUAUUUCGACUAACAUUUUCUGUAUAGGGUUCAUCAUAUAAUGUGACAUUUUUGGCAUGUUGCUUUUGGUCUUACACUCUUACUUAUGUGGAUACUGGAGAAACCAUUGUUAUUUGUCACUUAUCAAAAAAUAAAAAAUAAAAAAUAAUAAAAAAUUGUUAUUUGUCCUCCAGUUACAUAAAUACACUGUUGAUAUAUGACACUUGUCAAAUUUAUUAGUCAAUUUUUAUCCCUAAGAUAAGAUAGAUGAUAGGUUUUCUUCAGUCACUGGCCAUAUUGUUUUUCUUCAAACCAAUGGCUUCAUUUCUAGAACUUCAGAAUCAAGGAUCUGGAUUCUGUUUCAAAUGUCAUACUACCAGUAUGAAAAGGAUCAUUGCAUGUCUUGAAAAUAUUUUUGACUUAUUAUAUAUUUUGAAAAAGGAACCUGAAACAUCCAUGUAGUGUAAGAGUUGUGUUUUGUGAGGGCCUUUACUUUGCUGGCACUGUUAAAAACAAUGCCCUAUGACUUAGUUUUUUUGGUGAUUACUUAAACCCCCGGCAAAGGGGGAGCCAAAAUUGUUCGAAAGAACAACAUAGAAGUGAAAAUUAUAGUACUUCAUUGAAUUUCAAUUUUAUUGGACCCACGUCUGGAUGUUGUUACAACUGAAAUUUAUUUUGUAUAAUUCACAAAUUGAAGUGUGAGCUCAAUUAUAAAUUACUGAAUUGCCCACACCUCCACUCCUUGUGGUCUCCUCUGGGAAUAAAAGGAAAACUGACAUCUAUGUCCCUACAUCUUGUGUUUCCCUGGUGCCCUUCACACGCUGUUAAAUUAUUAUCUUUUUAACUUCUUUAGUAGGGAAGGAUGUGUACCUUAUACCUGUAUUGCUACCAUAAAGUACUACGUCAAACAUUCGGUACCUGGACAAUAGUUAGGACACUUGUCCGGGGUCUUACAUUCAUUGAGGAGUUUGAAUUAACUAUUGCAUAUGUACUUGAAUGUGCAUUUGAGAGGUGCCAGGGUCUUACAUUCAUGGAGGAGUUUGAAUUAACUAUUUGAUAUGUACUUGAAUGUGCAUUUUGAGAAGUGUAUUACACUGGGACGCCGUUGACCAUAAAAAUGAACAAAAGGGUUCAAAAAUAUGAAUAU